UAAACUGUGCAAUUGCAUUUGCCAGCAGGACUUCAAUGGAAUGUGAAACCAAAUCAGUUACAAGUUAAAGAUAGACACACAGACUACCCAGCAUCUUGGGCAGGGGUUUAAACUUGAGAGUCUUGUAGAUCUGUGGAUUUCUGGAACUUUCUGCUUGCUUCCCCCUCAGGAUUUAGUUCCCAUUUUUUUUAGACAAUGCAUUGGAAUUAUUAAGGAGAGUGAGCUGAUCAUGGUGCAAACUACAGGAAUGAUUGAAGAUUGUGGGAAAAGAGGCGCUACCAUGGCAGAAAGGAGGCAGCUGUUUGCAGAAAUGCGGGCUCAAGAUCUGGAUCGUAUCCGUUUGUCCACCUACCGAACAGCAUGCAAGCUUAGAUUUGUGCAGAAAAAAUGCAACUUGCAUCUAGUGGACAUUUGGAAUGUUAUAGAAGCAUUGCGGGAAAACUCUUUGAACAACUUGGACCCAACUAUAGAGCUGAAUGUGGCUCGACUUGAAGCUGUGCUGUCUACUAUUUUUUACCAACUCAACAAACGUAUGCCAACAACCCACCAGAUUAACGUCGAGCAAUCCAUCAGUUUACUGCUCAACUUUUUGCUGGCAGCUUUUGAUCCAGAAGGACAUGGAAAAAUAUCUGUGUUUGCUGUCAAAAUGGCCUUGGCAACACUUUGUGGAGGAAAGAUUAUGGAUAAAUUAAGAUAUAUAUUCUCAAUGAUUUCAGACACUAGUGGGAUAAUGGUGUAUGGAAAAUAUGACAUGUUUUUGCGAGAAGUUCUUAAACUGCCGACUGCAGUCUUUGAAGGUCCUUCUUUUGGUUAUACAGAACAAUCUGCAAAGUCUUGUUUUUCUCAACAGAAAAAAGUUACACUGAAUGCUUUUUUGGAUACUCUUAUGUCUGAUCCUCCCCCACAAUGUCUUGUCUGGUUGCCACUUCUACACCGAUUGGCAAAUGUUGAGAAUGUCUUCCACCCUGUUGAGUGUUCCUAUUGCCAUAGUGAGAGCAUGAUGGGAUUUCGCUACCGAUGCCAGCAGUGUCACAAUUACCAGCUCUGUCAAGAUUGCUUCUGGAGGGGACAUGCCAGUGGUUCCCAUAGCAACCAACACCAAAUGAAAGAAUACACAUCAUGGAAAUCUCCUGCUAAGAAGUUAACUAAUGCACUUAGCAAGUCUUUAAGCUGUGCUUCCAGCCGUGAACCCUUGCACCCAAUGUUCCCUGAUCAGCCUGAAAAACCUCUAAACUUGGCACAUAUAGUGCCUCCUAGACCGGUCACCAGCAUGAAUGACACACUAUUCUCCCACUCUGUUCCCUCAGGAAGCCCUUUCACAAACAGAAGGUUACUUGAGAGUAUAAAUAUAGACAAUCCGGUGGUUGAUGAGCAUGCUAUUAUAAACCUGUAUGUAAAUAAGCUACACAACAAUUUACGCUCUCCUUACAAGGAUAAUGAAGUAGAGCAGGACAAAUUGCUGGCUAGGGCUGUUGCAGGUUUUUUGAAAGGCAAAGGGUUACAGUAUAGCCUCGAUGUUGCAGACAGGCUGGCUGAUGAACAUGUACUCAUUGGGUUGUAUGUCAACAUGCUCCAGAACAACCCCUCACGUUUACUUGAAAGCCCAAACCGUCUAGAUGAAGAACAUAGACUGAUCGCCCGGUAUGCAGCAAGACUGGCAGCAGAGACUACUUCAUCACAGCCACAACAGCAACCACAACAAAGAGGCACUCCAGAUAUUUCAUUCUCUAUUGAUGCAAAUAAGCAACAACGACAGCUUAUUGCAGAACUUGAAAAUAAGAACAGAGAAAUCUUACAAGAGAUUCACAGGCUGCGGCUUGAACAUGAGCAGGCAUCUCAGACCACACCAGAAAAGGCAGCACAAAACCCUACGCUCCUGGCAGAACUUCGCCUCCUGAGACAGAGGAAAGACGAGUUGGAACAGAGAAUGUCAGCUCUUCAGGAAAGCCGAAGAGAACUCAUGGUUCAGUUAGAAGGCCUCAUGAAACUACUCAAGGAAGAAGAAUUGAAGCAGGGAACCCAAGGGGCAGGCUCUCCUCGUUCGUCUCCCAGCCACACAAUCAGUCGGCCAAUCCCAAUGCCUAUCAGAUCUGCAUCUGCCAGCUCAACUCCAGCCCACACACCACAAGAUUCUCUGACAGGGGUGGGAGGAGAUGUGCAAGAAGCCUUUGCCCAAGGUACAAGAAGAAAUUUAAGAAAUGACUUGUUGGUAGCUGCUGAUUCAAUCACCAAUACCAUGUCUUCUCUUGUGAAAGAGUUAAACUCAGAAGUUGGAAGUGAGACAGAAAGUAAUGUGGAUUCAGAGUUUGGUCGGACUCAUUUUGAUGAUCUUGUUCCAUCACCAACUUCUGAAAAGGCUUUUCUGGCACAAAUCCAUGCCCGGAAGCCAGGAUAUCUUCACAAUGUAGCUGCUACUGGAACCAUUCGCAGUGACCUGGUUACAGAGGAUGGAGAUUCUUACGUUAGAGCUGAUGAUGAGAACUAUGAAAAUGAUUCUGUCCGCCAACUAGAGAAUGAACUCAAGAUGGAGGAGUAUUUGAAGCAGAAACUGCAAGAUGAAGCUUAUCAGGAAAGCUGCAGUCAAAUGGAUAAUGAAAGUGAUGUAAGAACUGAGGAGGGGAAAGAGAAGGAGGAAAAGGAAGAAGAAGAGGACAACACUCCGACUAAUGACAAAGAUAGCCUAGCUGCCAGCUUCAGCGAAGAAGUGAAAAAUCAAGUGCAGCCUCUCUAACCAACUAGGUCUCCAGACUGUAGCACAAUUAUUUUGUUUGCCAAGUUCUAGUUUGUAGGUGUUUUAUUUUUGAAGAUUAAAAAAACAUGAUUUUUAUUUAAAGCUAAAUUAUAUCAGCUACAUCAUAUGUAACAUGGCUUAUUAUUGAUGAAGAACACUGGCUGUACUAACAAAAUACAAACCCUUUGCACAUACUUUUAAACCUGUUCAGUUUACAAUGACAGUACUGUUUAUAUUAGGAGUUUGAUUUCCGAAUAAUUUGAGGUUUUAGAACACUUUCCUACACACUGUACAUUGUUUUUCCAUGGAGGGAAUUUUAAAAGUAUAAUGAUGCAUUUAUCGUUGAAUAAAUAUACUCCUGUGUGUACAUAUUUAUAGCCCAAAAAUGAACUAUAGUUGCAAUACUGAACCCAACUACACUUGCAGAAUUCUCACAGAUAUUACUAGGAAUUGCACACAUGUUGAUAUUACAAUAUUGCAUCUUUGGAUAGCAAUUUGUUUUUAAUAUUUCUGCAAAAUAAAUAAAUGAAAAUUUAAAAACAAACUUGUACAAAAUGCACUAAGAAGUAUCUCUAUGACUUAGGGCUACUACGUAACUUAACGAAUGUUUUCUUUCAAAAUAUAAUCUAACAAAUCAGCCAUAGAAGUUAGUGUAAAUAUUUUCUUUCCAAAUAGAAAUCAUAUACAAAAGACAACAUUCAAAUUAUAUAGAAUCUAGUUUUUAAAAUCAGUACAGAUCUUCUUAAAACUGUGAACUAUGUUUUGAAAUACUCGUUACUAAAGCUGUUUAUAAACCACAGGUGCCAUAAAAUCCCUAAACUAAUUGUAUAAUCUUCAUUGUAUUAUUUUGUUGCAGUUUUAGAACUUUCUUUCACAUUAUCUCCAUCUUUCAUAUCUUGUUGGUUGAGGCCUUCAGCUUUAAAUGUACAGGCUUUAAAAGAUUGCUUGCAAUUACUUUCUUUUCUUAUUUUUGAAUGUGCAUUGCCUUAGUCAACCACCAGUUGUUUUGUGUGCAUUCUUGGAAAUGGGCCAGGGGUAUCUGCAGGGUAUUGUCAAAAAAUAAAGAUGGCUGCCAUGUACAUCUUGCAAUGUACAUAACUAGGCAGAGAUUUUAUCACAUUAUCAUGGCUGCCAUCUUGCCUUUUUUUAAUCUUACCCUCUGGACACUCCUGGAAUGAGUAGAGAGACUUUCUUCAGGGGCUGAAUGGGGUAAUCUGCUAAAUAUGAAAAGCACAUGGAGGGGAGGUGUGUCCUUUCUAAAAAGAAAAAAAGAAUAUGUUAUGUAAUUACAGCAGUAUCUCUUUUGAGUAAAUCUUAAUAUGCUAUUUAAAAAAUAAUAAGACAGGAGGCUGCUCCCCUGAGGAUUAUAUUUGGAAAAGAUACUUUGCAAUCUUAUUUUCCCUAUAUAGUAAAUUAGUUACAAGCAAAUUUUAGCCCCAAGAAAAACAGCAAAUGGUUUAGAAAUUGUUAAGUAAGGCCGAUAUUUUAUUAAUGAUGCAACAACUCUAACAGUAAGCAUGAAUUUAAAAAAGCUCAAAUAUAUAAAUCCAGAGUUAUUGUUAAAAGAAUAAUAACUCCUUAAACGUGCUUAUAUAUUGUAUUGUCCAAAUUAAAAGCUGAAUCUUUCUGUUAAUUCUACAAGGGACAUGCUUCAGAUCAAAGAUGUAUGAAUUAAAUAUCUCUAGGUACUUUCUCACUCAUACACAAAAUAAUUCCUGACAUCUUCCUUCUUGUGUCUUUCUCAACAUUGUCUCUAUGUAGUCAAAUCACAGAAUUUAGAGAACUGCAGAAAAUAAUUUUUAAAAAUGUUUACAUAGAGACACCCCAGAAACCCCUCUUUCGCAAUAAUUACUCUUUACUCCUGUAGUGUCUACCAUCUUCACAUGGUGGAUACAUAACUUUUGACAACUUACCUCUCCUAUGCCCUUCUCUCAGGAACUGGUUACUCUCUACUAGUGCCUAGCACACAUCAGUUAGUACUGGACAGUAUAUUGACAAUUCUUGCUGACAGCUCAGGACUCCAGCCAAGUAUUUCCUAAAGAGAAGCAAAAUGUUAUUGAAAAGAUCUAAAUCCAGCUAGAUACCUACAGUUAGAAUAGUGAUUGUUUCUCUGAUAUAGUCCUUAAUUUACACACUCAUAUUGCAUGUAAAGCUCAUGCAUGAGUCUAAACUUUGGAAAAUCUGUGGAACACUUAUUGUCAUCACAACAUAUGCACCAUUUUUUCAGUCUGGUUUCAGCACAGAUUCCCCAAAGCAGAGCUCUAGGUGGCCUCUUAUACUCUGGAAGUCCAAGUUAAAGCACUUUUUCAUUUGCCUCCAAAAUCUAAAUUUGCUACAUCAACCAGUGUUAAGAUGACAGUGGCUCAGUAUGGACAAUACUUUCCCUUGAUUUCUAUCUAGCAUCUGGAAGCAAAAGUAUUGUCAUCUAACACAGCAACUCAACCUCCUGGGCCAUUAGCCAAUGUGUGAGUAUAACAUUUGAAUAAAGAUAUGCUUGCAUAAAACUCCACUAGCAAAGGCCUUAAAUCAGAUUACCUGUUUCUGUAUUUUAUCUAGGAUGUUAUAAGACCUAAUGGAAUAGGAUAUUAUGUGGAUGUCCUUAUUCAGAUGUACAUCAACUUGCAUGCCCAAGGAAUCCAGGCCCAAAGCUAGUGUUACAGACAUAUUUUUCCAUGCACAAAGAAGCAAGCACGUAGAGGAAGUUAAGUGAAAGUUUUGUCCCAAAUGUGCCAAUGUUUUAGCCCAUAUAGUCUUUGUUUGCUAAACAUGUUUGGAUGGCAAACUUCAAAGUUGCUGGAAUGGUUGAAAUAGCCAUUAAUCAUUUUUCAUGGCUGUUUACUAUAGCCCAAAACUCUUUGUGGAUUGUUAAUGGAAAGAUCAUUAAGAGGCAGGAAUUAGAAUGUGAAGAUAGCAGGAUUCUUGAAUGUUGAAAGAAAAGAGAGGAUAGAAUCUCUGUAAGUAGUAAUGUUAACUUUAAAACUGCAUUAAAAGGUGUGUGGCCUUUGUUGUGAUAAUAUGUAUUUUCUUAUAUGCAUGAGACAAAAUGUUGCAUCAUUAUUUAGCACAGAUGUCUGCCUUUUACUUUAGCCACUUUCCUCCAUUCUUAUGAGUUCCUUGGAAUUGCUGUAGAUAUAUCUUGUAAAUACCACAGCUGCGGGUUGCAGCAGUUAGAUUGGUUCAAUUCAGUGCCAGAGCCUUGAAUGACAGGACAGGAAUUUAUCUGUGAACCAAAAAGUAUGAAGAAUUACAUCUUGAAGCUACUAACUGUCUAAUGUUUUUAACUACUGUUAUUUCACACCAGUCUGAACGGACACACUGCAAAUUUUACAUUAUCCAUUGGUAUUGUAAACAGAACUAUUAUUGUAUGGGGGUUUUUUGUAUUGCUGUUAAGUAUUGUUUUGUGUGUGUGCGCGUGUGUUAAGCCUAUUGGGGACAUAUUUUGAAGUGAUUAAACUAUUUAAUUGUGUGUCUAUAUUUUGGAAUGGAAUUAUUUCUUCAUUAAAAAAGAAUUUUUAAAAGUAA